GGGAAGGUUCCUACGGCUGAGGCCGAGCUCCUAGUGAUGGGUUCUUUCGUUUCCCAGCCACUCGAGCCAGUCAAGGGCGUUGCGCCUCCUGAGGUCGCCUCCUCCGCCAACCCCGCGCCCGUCAUUGCACCCGGAGCGCCGACCUCUCCAGCAGAAGCCCCUCUAUUUAAUAACUGCUGGAGCUGUCGCGUGCUCUCCGGGUCCGGGCUGAUAGGGGCGGGCGGGUACGUGUACUGGGCGGCACGGAAGCCCAUGAAGCUGGGAUACCCCCCGGGUCCAGGAACUAUUGCGCAGAUGGUCUUCGGCAUCAGCAUUGCUUGCUGGGGUGUAGUCAUCCUGUCAGACCCCAAAGGGAAGGCCUUCCGCGCUGGUUGAAGUACCACCAUUGAAUUUGUCAUCUCUCGGCAUCCCCGUGACACACAGAGCAAGCAUGGGGCGUAUGCAUGUUCUGGACAGACGCAUGGACACUGACAGACUUCAGUCCUGCAGAUACUAUAAGACUGAAGAGACAAACAUGGGUUGUCAUUCGUUGGCCAUAAGUGUUUGUGGCCUUCUUCGCAGGUUCCACAGGGACCAAUAAAUCCCUCAGAGAAGAGGUUCUUUGUGUUA